UUAGACUGAGUUAAAGAAAGUAAAGUUAGACUUGCCUGGACUAACUAGUCUAACUUUUAGUCUUUACUUAGUCUAGAGUCGCCAGUCGGUCUAGGCCUAAAACGUUUUGUCGUUAGACUUAGUCUUAGAGAGAGUCUCUAAGAGUAAGACUAAGUCAGACUAACGUGAAAGUGAGACACGUUAUCGUUAGACUCUUUCUAAUCAAAUGUACAAUAGGCCUAGUAGAUCUAGACCUAAAUUGAUAGUGUUAGGCCUAGAAGUAGAACUACGUCUAUUGAGUAUUGUGGUCCCCAGCCCACCAAAGACCAAGUCUGCACACCUGUCCUAAUAUUUAAUAACGUUAGGCCUACCUAGCCUACACCAUGUCUGCCCACCCAUUCACUUUGCACACGAUUCUGGGAUUUUGAUGAGAAAGGCUGCAUUUUUGAGGCCAUCUAAACAGGGUAACAACAUUAAACACUGACAUUGACAAGACAGAAAGUUAGACUAGAUCUAGGCCUAAAAAUUAAUCUAGAUCUGGCCUAACUUAGCCUAUAAUCUUGGUGGUUUAGUCUUAGAUAUAAACCUGUUUUCACAAAAUGUCCUUGCUCCUACGUACUCCUGCUCCGGCCGAGAAAAGACCUAGGUCUAGCUAUAACGUUAGAUCUAUCUAUAUAGAAUAGAUAUCUAGAUCUAGUCAGAGAUCCUAAAGAAAUUUUACCGAGAUCGAUUUGAGGUCUAAAUAACAUAUCUUUUGAUAAAUUAGUAUGCUAUAGAAUCUAGAACUACAUGUAGGGUCAAACGUUAGACUCUGGAUCCCUAGAAAAGUCUAGAUCUAGAGUUCUACCUACCUUUGGCGGGCGGAGACUAAUCUAACGUUAGAUGAUUUUUUAGAUCUGAUGUUAUAGACUGAUGUUAUUUUGAAUGGCCGUAGCAUAGCCCUUACACUAGAGUACAGAUCUAGAUGAUCCAUACAAAUACAUUUUACUUAUCAGCGCCAUUGUUUUUCACCAUUACUUUUGUAGAUCCCAGUUGAUUAAAGUUAGAUAGCAUCACCAUGCCCAGAGCUCCAUCCAAUUCCCGGAAGCAGAGUGGGGGAGGAGGUAAGAAGAAGCCUGCUGCAGAAGGAGCCAGUACAAGCAAGAUGGAUUUUGAAGACGAUGCUAGCAGUAUGGAUCCCCUUGAGAAUGAUAAAGAUGAGGACGAUUCUGGAGUGAAGAAGGCAGGAAAGAAGCGAACCUAUGACGACAGUGAUGAAGAAGAAGAAUUGGAAUGCAACGCCCCCGGAAUUAAUAUUGAUGGAGAGAUGCAGACAGUACUCCAGUCUUUUGGUGCCGAUAUGAGGAAAUCAAUGAGUGGUAAAAAGAAACGUCUGGAAACGCUGACGCAACAAACCCUCAAAUCAACCAAUGUCAGAGUGGAAAAGAUCUGGAAGAUGCAACAGACGGAAAGACAGAGACUACAUGCCGAGUACUCCAAGCAAUUGACUACAGUACUAGACCAGUGGGAUACAGAUAUGAAGAAAAUGAAAGAAAAUGAGGAAAAGCUUCAGACGAUGUUGAAGCAGCAACAGAGGGUCGUUCAGCAGUCUUGCAUAGCCAUGAAUCAGCGCCUCAAGAACGUCCGACAACUCUUUGAACAAUACAAUAAGACGAUGGGAGAGCUGGAGCAGUGUCAUCAAGGCCAGCAGACCAAUGUACAGGGAGAACUGAAGAAGGAGCUGAACCUCCUUCACAAGAAGAUCCUCAUGGAUACACAACAUCAAGAGAUGGCCAACUUCCGCAAGUCCUUGCAAUCCAUGUUCUUCUAGAGGUCAAAGUUCACCCACUGGUCAGGAAUACUUAAAGAAAUUCAGUGAUUACCGGUAUCCCAAAAAUAUGUAUAUUUCAAAUUCUUUGAUAUUGAUGAUUAACAACCCCUUGCUUUCUCUUUACAGUACAAUAAGAAUUCUAAAAUAUUCAAGAUAUUGUACAUAUUAUAUCCAACAGAAGUGCGAGAGUAUUAAACCCGGGUGAGUAACGUAGCUCUCGCAAUGGCAGAAUAUUUUUCAGUGCAAUUCUUCAUUACCUUUUUGCAUGCUGAAUUAAUUUUUUGGGGGAUAAUAAUGACAAUUGUUUCCAUGUUAUUUUCUUUAAUUCAAGAUAUAUCCAUAUUGCACCAUUGAUACUUAUAAUUAUUAUAUAGAUGUCAUCCAAGAACUAUUGCCUUUUAUUAGCUUAUCUAAUUUGAAGGUAGAGGAGAAAAGUAAUUAUUACGAUUGUUGAAUUUAAUUUGUACGAAUGUGCAAAAUUCGCAACAUCAGCGUGCAAAGGGUAAAAAAAAAUCCUUGAACGCAAACAAUCAUUAAAGGAGAAUGAAACCCUUGAAACCAGCUGAAUCCAUAUCAAAGAGAAAAAUCAAAGAAACAUAUUGUUGAAAGUUUUAGGAAGAUUGAAUGAAUAAUAAGAAAGUUAUGAGCAUUUGAAUAUCGAGAUCACUAAUGCCAUGUAGAUCCUCCCAUUGGCAAUGCGACCAAGAUCUGUGAUGUCACACACGUACAACUCCCUCAUUUAGUACUUAUUUCACUUAUAUUCUCACUUUUAUAGAGUCUAUCACAAGGUGAGGUGUUCUCUUUAUGAGAGGACAAGUACAGAGGUUUCACAACAUUAUAUCAUUGAUGAAUUGUUUGUCAUAUGAUUAGAAUGAGCAAAAAGAGAUGUUUUGGGGUAUAUUUUCAGCGUCCAAAAAUCUGUGACAUCAUAGAUCUUGGUCGCAUUGCCAAUGGGAGGAUCUCCAUAGCAUAGUGAUCUCGACAUUCAAAUGCUAACAACUCUUCUAUCGCUAGUCCUAUUUUACUCAAACUUUUGUUGAUCUUAUUCUUUGAUUUGUCUGCUUUCACAAAAGCUAACUUGCUCCAAGAGUUUCAUUCUCCUUUAAUGAAGAUAUGACAGGAUGUCUCCAUUGUUAUGACCAUGUGGACAAUUGUUUAUAGGGAAACUGAUUACCAGCAUACAGAGUAAGGCCGUGUUCACUUCUGUUGGGCAAAAAGAAAAUAAUUUUUAUUGUACUUUCAGUGUAUCAAUAGACAAAUCAUUUCAUAACCGAUCUUGGAAAAAAUAUUAAAAUGAGUCAUUGGGAACCUUGAAAGAUUUGAAAUUUAUGCAUUUAUCUUGUACAUAACUAAUAGGGCAACUGCUGGUAUAUGACGUCACAAAUCCAAAGCUUUAGAUUCUGAUAACUUUCUUAUAAAUCUUUGAGGGAUUUUCCUCAAACCUUCACCAAUAUUUUUUUCCUUCUAUUUUUAUACAAACUUUUCGUCAGGGUGAACUUACCCUUAGUCUAUGACAUUAAUUCUGACCUGCCUUGGUCAUACACAAAUGAGCAGAUAGAAUGAAAAUAUAAAAACAAGUAAGGAAGUAGACGAAGAAAUCUUAACAGGGGCCGCGGAAUGGUUUUCAAAGUGGGGGGGGGGGGGCUGACCAUGCAAAAAAAAUCACAAUUAUAUGGUCAUUUUAUGCAUUUAAGUUGGUUUGUGUGAAGUGAUAAAAAAAGUUUUAAAAAUCACUUACAAAGUAUAUUGCAUGUAAAAAUUACCACUUACAAAAGGGCAUAGAGUAUAUGUUACAGGCUGUGUGAUGUAAUAAAAUGUUUUUUUAAUGUGAUCUUAUUUACUAACCAAAAUCAAUUCCAUCAAUAUUUUGAUGACUUUUACUACCCAUUUACUUUCAAAACACGAGUCAAACAGUACAUUGGUAUCAGGUAUUUGUUACUUUAUUAAUAUCAUUCGGUGUUUAUCUAAUUCCUGUAUGACGUGUAUAUAAUCUAAAAUUAGAAUGUUCUGUUAGUACUAUAUGGAGAUCACAACUACUAUGGUUGGAUGUAGGCCAAUUUGUGUGUGAAUUAUUUGUCCCAUUAGUAGUAUUUCCUGAAGAUGACACUAAGUACAUACUCUAUAUUAAAUGACUUAGCACUUCACGUGUUUCUGUCAAGAUUUAAGGGGAAGUUCAACAUGAAAACUUGUGGUUUAAUUUAAAGUAUUCUAUGAGCUUGCUUCUAUAUUGGUAUGGAUCGAAAAGUACAAGCAAAGGACCUACCUUCCCCCAAAAAAGCUUUCAGUGUCAUGUGAGUGCAAUGUAUGCACCCUCAAUAUGAUUAUUUCAGAUAUGAACAUUGUUCAUAUGUAUAUUUUUAUGCACUGAAACCAUAUGGUUUAAUUAAAUUCUAUAAGCCAGCUUUCAUAUUGGUAAAAGUACAAGCAAGAAGACACCCCCCCUUCAAACUUCUAGUCUCACACUGUAUGCAUUCUAAAUAUGAUUAUAUCAUAGUUUAUAUAGAUAUUGUUUAUACCCUGAAACAAUUUUGUUUAAUUAGAGUAAACUUGAGCUUCUGUCCAAAUUGGUCUGUACUGAAAAGGACAAGCAAAGGACGUACCCCUUCCCCCUGAAUUUCUUCUAUUCUCACAAUAUUUGCACAUUGUAUGCACCCUAAAUAUAUAUGAUUAUUUCAGAUAUGAAUAAUGUUUAUAACCUAGAACCCAUUUGGUUUUAUUAGAGUAUGCUAUGAGCUUACUUCUAUAUUGGUCUGUACCAACAAGUACAAGCAAAAAGACAUACCUUUCCCCAUUCUCACAUAAAUACAUUGUUUUGUAUUAUAUCAAAUAUGAUUAUUGUUUAUGUAAAUAUUGUUAAACCAUUUGGUUUAUUGAUAUUCUACAUAUAUGAUCCUUCAUGUACUUCUAUAUUGGUCUGUACUGAAAAGUACAAGCAAAGGACAUACAUUUCCCCUUAAUAAACUUCUACUAUCAUAUGAAUGCAUUAUAUGCACCCUAAAUAGGAUUAUUUCAGAUAUUGAGAGACUGAUCGGUCAUUGUUAUUCAUUAUAAUGAAAUUCAAUGUAAUCUGUUUUCCUCCAAACACAUCACAUUUUAUAAUUUAUUAUCUUUUGCCAUUCCCCACCUGAAAUGUAAAUUAUGAUUUAUUUAUCAUACUUUUUGUGAAUUUCUUACAAAUGCAAUCUUGCCUACAUGAACUGUAAUGAAAGUUUAUUUAAUAUAAUUUUUGUAGUAUUGCUCUAUUAACGCAAAAUGAUGAGUAUUUUUAUAUUUAUUUGAUAUACAUUUAUUAGACUCUUUUAAUUAUUGCAUUUAAAGAGUUGUAUUUGUUUUGUAUUAUUGUAAUGUUCAUAUAUCACUGUAAAUAGCGUUAAAAUAUAUAUUUGUUUUAAUGUUCCAUUUUCACAGAAAAAAGCAUACAAACGACUUUCAAAACCAUGUUU